AUGGAUAUCAUUAUUGAUACUGGUGGUGGAUCUCUUUCACAAGAUAUGACAAAUAAUUUUGUGAAAUUAGUCAUUCCAGGAUUUUUAUCACCAUAUUUUUUUGUCCAAGUUUUUCUCAUUGUUUAUGUAGGUGGUGGUUACUAUAUAUCAAGAAAUUUAGCUGAUUUUGAUAUACCAACUUCAAACAAAGAAUUACAUAAAAUAAUCAAUAUUGUUAGAAUCAUGUUACAAAAAUUAUUAGACUUAACUAUACAACGGUUUGGGGCUUUAAAAAAAAAGACAACAAAUGAUAGAGACCGUACUGGUGACAUGAAUGGACAAUAUGGUGGUGGUGGUGCAUAUCAACAAGGAGGGUAUGGGGGUGGUCAACAACAACCACAAUAUGUUGAAAUGGCUCAAAUUGGCCAAGAUGAUGUAGGCGCAUUUUUUGAUGAGGUAUCAUCAAUUUCAGAUAUGAUACGUGAAGCUCAAGCAAAUAUAAGCCAGAUAGAUGAAUUACACUCGCGUACUCUUGGUACAAUAGCUGAAGAUGAAAUGAUAAAGGGUCAACUUGAAAGUAUAACAUCAGAAACAAGAGGAAUUCUUACACAAAUAAAAGAUAGAAUUAAAAAAUUGGAAGCUUCAAAUUUGAAGCAAGCUAAAUCUGGCGACAUAGAAGUUAGAAAAGCUCAGUUGAUGAAUUCAACAAGAUUUGGAGCAGCUAAAGAAGCUCUUAAAGAAGUACAAGAACGUCAUGAUGAUAUUAAAAAGAUUGAAAAAACAAUUGAAGAACUUGCUAAUCUUUUCCAUGAAAUGUCAAUUAUUGUUGAAGCACAAGACCAAACAAUUGUGGCUAUUGAACAAGAAGCUACACAAGUCAGUACUAAUAUGGAACAAGGCGCUCAACACGUAGAUAAAGCACUAACUAGUGCAAGAGCUGCAAGAAAGGUCAAUGUCAUUGAAAAAAUUGAUAACGAUAAUUCAAGUGAUGAUGAAAAUAAGAACAAUGAUGCCAUUGGGGAGAAUAACGAUAAUUCAGAUAAUAAAGAAAAUGCAAACGAUGAAUAUUCAAAGGUUUUAGUUGCUAUAAAACAUGCACAUGACAAUUCAUUAUCGAAUAACCCAUUGUGUUGGGGGAUUGUAGAUUUCCGCGUCAAAGAUGUUGGAUCUUGCCCAUUGAAUAAUCGUGCUUCACAAUUUUUCUCUGAAAAUAGUAUUCAGGAAAUGAAAAAGAUAGCUGUUGAUACUAUUAAGAGAGAAUCAGGUCUCAAUAAUUCUGCCAAAUCGUUUUUUGAAGUUAUUGCACUAUCAACCAGCUUCAGUCUACGCAAAAUUGCAAAUUGCAAAAGAACCAGUGGGGUUUCUGAAAUUGUACGAGCAACUUGGGAAGCUAUUAAGACAAUGUUUCAGUCAAAAGAUGACGAGCUAGUAAAACAAAUAGAUAUUCAUGAUAUGGAUACAUAUUAUAUUGUAGAAUGUUUUGAUAUUACUGAUGUGUGGAUACAGUAUUAUAAUGGUACAAGUAAUUCUGAACACACGGUAGAUGUUCACCUUAUUGCACCAUUUGCUAGGACGCCAAAUAUUUCAGGAUUUUAUAAUAUACAAAAUAAUAGUUAUGAAGCCGGAAUCGGUGAAAAUUCUGGUCCUAUGUGUAAGGAUAACCAUAGUAAAAAUCCAAGUGUAUUGAGGAAUCUAAUUGUAACCCACUGCCAGAUAUCAGGAGAUCUUUACGGAUUUUUUGAAUGUGCUACUCAGAACAUUCCAAAAAAUGCUAGCAUUAUUGAUAUCAUUUUUCUUGCAAAAAGAUUUCUAAUACAUAGGGUGGCUGAAAAAUUGGAAAAAUUCGCUUCACCUAAAUCUAAAAAACAAAGAUUAUCAUCACAUCCCAAGUCACCUACACCAACAUAUUCGAUAAGUGAAAAGAAUGAUGUAGAUUUAUAUCAAUGGGCCCAGGAUUAUGAUUCAUUAGAUGAAAAUCAAUAA